AUCGCUUCUCCUGUCGAUUCUUUUGCCGCUCUCUCUCUCUCUCAAUGGAAGAAAGAGAAGCGGAGGUAUGCUCUCUUGAGUAAUUCGACCGUCCAUUCACACAUUCCUCCUUCGGGAUAAUCUGACAGAUCCUGACCGGUUGAAAUCUUAGAUGAUAGCAAAGGGGAGAAGCGAGUCACUGGAAAUGGAGCAGUACGAAGUACUUGAGCAAAUUGGGAAAGGAGCUUUCGGUUCCGCUCUUCUUGUGAGGCAUAAGCAUGAAAAGAAGAAGUAUGUCUUGAAGAAGAUUCGGCUUGCCCGUCAAACUGAUAGGUGCCGCAGGUCUGCUCAUCAGGAGAUGGAGCUUAUUUCCAAAGUGCGCAAUCCAUAUAUUGUGGAGUACAAAGAUUCUUGGGUAGAGAAGGGAUGCUACGUAUGCAUUAUUAUAGGAUACUGUGAGGGGGGAGACAUGGCUGAAGCUAUAAAAAAAACCAAUGGAGUUCAUUUUCCUGAGGAGAAGCUUUGUAAGUGGCUUGUACAACUCCUAAUGGCGCUUGAUUACUUGCAUAUGAAUCAUAUUCUUCAUCGAGAUGUGAAGUGUUCAAAUAUAUUCCUGACUAAAGAUCAAGACAUUCGUUUGGGUGAUUUUGGACUUGCCAAAAUGUUGACUUCAGAUGACCUUGCCUCCUCCGUUGUGGGAACUCCCAGCUAUAUGUGCCCCGAGCUUCUUGCAGACAUACCUUAUGGCUCUAAAUCUGAUAUUUGGUCUCUAGGAUGUUGUAUAUAUGAGAUGACCGCACACAGGCCUGCAUUCAAAGCAUUUGAUAUGCAAGCACUGAUCAACAAAAUCAACAAGUCCAUUGUAGCUCCGCUUCCGAGCAUGUAUUCCGGUGCUUUUCGAGGACUCAUUAAAAGCAUGUUGCGGAAGAACCCAGAACAUAGGCCAAGUGCAGCUGAGCUGCUCAGGCACCCACACCUUCAGCCCUAUGUUCUAAAGAUCUACCUAAAAUCCAGCCCUGGCCGCAAUCCCUUGCCUGUUCACCACCCUCCAAAUAACUACAUAAAGAAAACUAGAUUUCCAGAGCCGGAAGAAAAUGACUCCCUAUGCAUGGGCCAAGAAAAAAGGCGAUCCUUCAGCAAUGACAGGGUCAUGAAACUGAGUCAUGCAAUGGAGCGGGACUCUGCUGGUUCUACUCAAAGAAUACAGGAUUCUCCAAGUUGUCUGAAUCAAAGAAUCACAGAGUUAUCUGCUGGCAGCAUCCAUGUUGAAGAGACCAGUGUUUAUAAACCUAUAAAUGCAAAGGCUUCAAACAUUGCAAAGACGCCGAGAUUGACUCCUGCUAAAGGGUCUGUGAGUCCAAAGAGAAAAACAGAGCCUUCAAAGAUAGUCCGUGGUCGUCUAAAUCGCGAAUCGCUUCCAACUUCACGAACUCCGGCUGAUAAAUCCACCCAUCCAAUUCGCAGAGCAUCCCUUCCCUUACCCACCAGAGCUGCAACUGUAGAAACCCCAUGCAGGCCCAACACAAGUCUCCUCCACCGCAUGAACUCACCCGAUGUCUCUGUCAAUGCUCCCAGAAUAGAAAUUACGGAAUUCCCAUUAGCCUCAUCUGAGGACCCCCUCUUUCCUAUUCGCAAAAACAGAUCGAUGGCGUCUGCUCAAGGCUCCUCCAACUCUCCACAUUGCGGUGACCGGUCGAUCAUGAAAGACAAGUGCACAGUCCAGACCCACGAGACCUCUUACAAGCCGAGCUUCAUUGGUGAGGCGGGGCAUGCAAUCCGGCAUGGCAUGUUUUGGGAUGGUGGGGAUGAAGGGAGUGAGUAUUCUGAGAGGAAUCCAACAGCAGAGGCGUCAAGCCGGGGGUCAUCAGAGUCACGGCAGCGGAGGUUCGACACCUCGUCAUACCAGCAGCGGGCGGAGGCAUUGGAAGGGCUACUGGAGUUCAGUGCACAGCUGCUGCAGCAGGAGAGGUUUCAAGAGCUUGGGAUACUGCUCAAGCCAUUUGGGCCAGGUAAGGUAUCUCCAAGAGAAACUGCUAUCUGGCUGACCAAGAGCUUCAAGGAAACCACGGUGAAACAGGAGUAGGACUCUAAGAGAGGUGGGCCCCACUUGUACUCGACCAUUACGAUGUAGUAGUUUGAAAUUUGAAUUUGCAAGGGAAAAGGAAUCAGAUGCUUAGCCAUCAUUUUUGCAGUGGCAGGGUGUAGAGACUUUACUGCUUGGAAGUAGGUUUGGCCUUUUCUUUUA